AUGAAGGAGUUGUGUGGUGGUUUUGAUAAUGUCGGGGCGACCAAAUGUGACUUCAAAAAUUUCAAAAAAGAACUAAAUGUGUUUAUUGGUGAGUUUGAUGCCGAGAUGCUUGUCAGGCGUCUAACUAGGAAAAAAGAGUUUUUACCUAAUUUUACGUGUGAAUACCAAACUACUGAGGAAGGUGUUUUGAAGUGUCUGUUCUUGGCUGAUGAGAACAUGAAAAGAAAUUUUUAUAUGUUCGGUGAUGUUGUGUCCUUUGAUGCCACGUACAAGCGAAACAAGUAUAACAUGAUGUUCGUCCCUUUCACUGGGAUUGAUAAGCACAAUCGGAAUGUCACACUUGGUGCUUCUAUUAUUGGUUCCGAAACUGCUGAGACAUAUAGUUGGUUACUUAAUGUGUUUAAGGAUGCAUUUGGAUAUGCACCACGAGUAAUUGUUACUGACGAAGACCCUGCGAUGAAGAGGUCUAUUGAGGAUGUUUGGCCUGAUUCUAGGCAUCGGUUAUGCAUGUGGCACAUCAUGGAUAAACUUACCACAAAGGUUGGACCAACUAUAUGUGCAAACACCGAUUUCAGGAAAAGAUUGUCUGCAAUUGUCUGGACGGAUUCUUUAUUGCCUGAAGCGUUUGAGACCGAAUGGGUGGCUUGUGCUAGCGUCAGAUUAGAGCAUAUUGCUGAUUUUAUCAAGUUUUAUAUCAAGGAUCUAGAUCAGCCAACAACUGAAUUUUAUGAGGUUAUGAUACAUGAGGAGGACGUUACUGUUAAAUGCAGCUGCAACAGGGUUGUUGAUGUAAGGGAGUUUCCUAGACAAUAUAUUUUGAGGCGUUGGACUCGCGAAGCAGUUCCAAAUAGUUCACCCGGGUCCAUCCUUACUGAUGGGGGCGAUCCAGAUCGGAGCAUCGAGGUCAACGGUUGCAUUCGUGAGAUUAGUAAUGUAACCGAGUAUGUUAUAAAUAAGUUGGUUUCCAAGUUUGACGAGAUGUGUAAUUUUCGUGACCACAUCAAGCAGUUUAUGUCAGUUGCUGAUGACGCUCAGUUUGACGCCCCUCCCAAAACAAGACGUAAUAGGUUUGCUGAACUACUUGGUGUUGCUCCUACGAACACGGUGACUAUUCGUGUUCCUAUUCGUACUAGGUUUAAGGGGUGUGGAUCUCAUAAACGCAUGAAAUCGGAGCAAGCUAUAAGUCAAGCUGGGAAGAAACGUCGGCAAUGUUCAAAGUGUAAGAAAUUUGGUCACAAUAAUCGUACAUGCGGAAAAUACAAUGUGAAAGCGAAGGAUGCAAGCACUUCUAGGAAGGCCGAUGGUGGUGCUGAAGACGGAGAAGAUGCUGGUGGUGCGGAGGACGUAGAAGAUACUGAUGAAGAUGAUGGACCUAGCUCAGACGAUGGGGAUGAUGUGUUUUACACAUCCGAAACAGCUGAAGAUGCUGAUGACGAACAGAUGCUGGAGUAG